AUGCAGCAGAAGUCCCAAGGGAUCAGUGGCGGCAGGCGCUCCAGAAGCCCGGAAAAGAAGGAACCUGGACCAAGAGGUGGUGUUGUCAUCGGCAACCCUGGGGAGACAGAGCCACCUACAUAUGACGUGGAACAGGUGGGCAAGAAACACAACGGGGACCCGACGUGGCAGGCUGUCCUGAACAUCAAGGGCCAGGGCGGCCGUAUCAGGUCAUUGAGGGCUCCACCACGAUCCAAUGAGGAUGAUGCCCGGGACGAUGGGGAGGAAAUGAAGGAUUGCUUCAUGAAGCACGGCAUGCAGGGCCUGAGAGAGCUGCAGCAGAAGCAACGAAGGUGGGGUGAAAACAAGGGCAGUCCGGACACGGGGCAGUCACAUGGGACGUAUUACUCUCAGACAGAGAACGGCCGCUGCAAUGGCACCUGGUUGAACAUGGCGAUGGAUGGAAGCGACACAUCGAGCCCAUCGAAGGGCUCCAGUGCCGUCCGCAUGCGCUUCUACAACUUCAACAUGGCCAACAGCGCUGCGUUUGAAGGCCUUCAUCACUUGCAAGGCACGACUGGACGGUGCUUGGAAGACUGGAUCCAGGAGCCAUUUUCUGAUGGUCAAUCCUGCGAUGCAGUGUUCUUGACCUUCACAGAAACGAGGUUGGCGCUGGGUCCAUGGGUACGUGAGUACCGAAAUAAUCCCAACUCAAAAUUGGACUGCGCCACAUAUCAGAAUUCCGUAAAAGAAGCCGAAAUGACCAAUGAUAUGCCUUGGAGCGGAAUGCUGGACGGGGUGGCUGAGAAGUACAGCGGCAAUUUGAAGACGCUGUUGCUGUUUUCCCGAGCACGCUUCCGGCGCGACCCUGACAUGCAACCACUCUUCGGGAGGCUCACAGACAAGCGCAUCGGUGGAAUGGCACUGCCCAAUCCAAAGAAGGCCUUUAUGGGUCGCAGCCUCCUCUCGCGUCAAGAUGCCUUACACAUUUGCUUCGCAGGUGCACAUUUUCCAAUCGCGGAAAUGGCUGCCGUCCUGGAUCAGAUCGGUGGUUUGGAGAGCGCCAAGGUCAUCAUGGCGAGGACGCUUCGAAAGGUUUUGCGCAAUGCCUUUCGUCGUGGAAUCUUGUCAGACAACAGCUUGCUGGUCGUGCAAGGCGACCUCAACAGCCGAACAGUGCUUGGGCCAAAGGGCCAGGUGAAGGACAUCCUCCAAGAGGUAAUAUCGGAUCCUCACAUCCAGGCUGCCAUUCGCAACGGGGUUCCAGUAGCAGAAGGCGACUGGUUCGAGCCCUGUGGCGAGACCAAUGCACUGAAGCUUCCGGUUACGUACAAAUUCAACUCCGAGGUCGGUGCACACUUCAAGGGUACCGAUGGAUCAGCGUUGAGCCUCGAAGGUAUCUUGACAGCUGCCGCGAAACGAGAAGAUGAUGGAGCGUAUGCCGAGACGCUGCAAAGUUUGCCGCCUGAUGUGCUGAAAAGCUGGAGUUUGGAGUUCAAAGAAGCCAACUUUCGCAACUUCCGUUUUCCAGCCUCUGCGGAUCGCAUCAUUUGUUGGGCACCCUCAUCCUUGGCGCGACGUUUGCAGUGGACUUUCCCACAGGGUGGUUACAAGGUGAACCACCUCCAAGGAGGUAGUGAUCAUCGGCCGGUGAGAUUGGAGGUCCUGCUGCAGCUCUUACCUGCGGAUGCCGCGGGGAAUACCGCAGUGUCAGCGACGGAGCCGCCCCGGGCCUUGCUGGAGGCCGUGGCUCAGGAUGAUGCCGAAGAUAGCGAAGGCGCAGGAGGUGAUUCACCUAGUUUUCUCAACAGAUUGGGCAGUGCUGCCCAAAGCUGGUUCAGCCAGCAGAGCGGCUAUAGCCGUGCAUAAGCCGAGGACUCUCGCAAAAGAGAGCUUCAACCAGUCAUCAAAUUCCCGCUGCGCCAAAA